AUGGAUCAAAUUAGUCGCUUCUUCAUUUUGAUCUACCUUGCGGUUUUUAUAACUGUACUUGGCUCAUCUCUAAUUUAUAAUGCCUGUUUCCCGACAUUUCAUAACUUAUGCGAAGGAAUUGUGUCUUUAGUAUGGUCAUGCUUCACCAUUUUAUUUCUUGCGGUGAUUGAUGAAAUUUUUAAUGCGAAGUAUCGGCAGCGCAAUCGCAUUGGACAGUUCCAGGAGUUCGAAUUCGAUUCGUUAUGUUAUUUUAUAGCGAUAGCUUUAUCAGGAACUAUUCUAAGGGUUACGUUUAUUUUUAAAGGUUUUAGUGAUACGAUAUUGCUCAGAUUUUGUUGGAUUUUUUAUCUCAUUAGUGUUUGCUCUCGCAUUGCUAUUCACGUCGUUGGUGUAAAAAUCGGUCGUUUCGAUCUCCAACAUCAUAAAAAACUGAUAAUUGCAUCUACCGUAUUCCAUGUAGCUAUUACUCUAGCUACACUAAGGACCACACUGAUAGAUGCAGAAGAUAUCACAAGAAUAUUGGAAAUCCUAUGGAGUCAACUGGGAUUAGGGAUUAUUUCUGGAGUCAGUACGACCGAAUUUUUGGUGGUGUUGACUGGUGGAUUCCGGAGUCUUGAGAGCGACUUACGAGAAUUGAACACAGAAAGAAUUGAUAGUGAUCCAAUCAUUGAAUGCAACAUCUGUCUCGUGGAAUUCUCCCCCUCCAGAAUGCCCAGAAUCCUGAAAAAGUGUGGGCACACGAUUUGUGAGAGUUGUGCGGAUAUACUGCUAAGACAGAGAUAUAAUCUUGGAAUUGCAUGUCCAAUGUGUCAAACUGUAACAGAGCAUUAUGAAAGUAGCUCGGAGCUUCCCAAGAAUCAUGCUGUGUUGGAAUUUGUGGAGGGGAUCAAGACGGAAUGA